UCCAUCACUUUGUCCGUCUACAUCCACAGCAUCAACACAGAAAGGGGGAAUUGAAAUAGCCAAGAUGCCUGAGAAAGCACCAGAGAAAUCUAAAAUCUCAGCGUCUCGCAAGCUCAUGCUGAAGAGCUUGAUGGUCGCCACGGCCAUGGAGGAGCUGGAGCAGGAGAUGGAGGAAAAACAGGAACAGAAGGAGAAGUACCUGGAAGAGAAGUCUCCUCCCGUACAGACCGGCUGCAUGUCGUUAGCUGAGCUACAGACAUUGUGUGAAGAGCUGCAUGCCAAAAUAGACGUGGCGGACGAGGAGCGAUAUGAUAUUGAAGCCAAAGUCUUGCACAACACCAGAGAGAUCAAAGACCUAAACAUCAAGGUGGUGGACCUGCGAGGGAAGUUUAAGAGACCCAGCCUGAGGAGGGUGAGGGUCUCUGCUGAUGCCAUCCUGCGCUCCCUGCUGGGCUCCAAACACAAGGUCUCUAUGGAUCUGCGAGCUAAUCUUAAAUCAGUCAAGAAGGAGGACACAGAAAAGGAGAAGACGGCGGAGGUGAGCGACUGGAGGAAGAAUGUGGAAGCCAUGUCGGGCAUGGAGGGACGCAAGAAGAUGUUUGAUGCAGCAGUCGGCCAAAGCCAGUAACAAGGCUGUUAUUAAGAGAGUCCCCUUUCAUCAUGUACCUUCACUUGUGAGCCAAAGAGUGCAGAAUGCAAAACAUAAACGCAUGAACACGGAGCACUUCACAGGGAGACAGAGAAUGUCUUGGUAUUAUUUUAUAUACAUUUUCUGUGUGUUUUGUUUCAUUAUCACUGAAAUGACAUGUAGCAGUCUUUCGUUUGUGGUUGAA